UUCCUUUUCUUCUUCUUGUUAUCAGAACCUGAACAUUAAUCAACCAUAUCAUUAAAUCCUCCAUUUACAGGGGAGAGAUGAGUAGGUCUCGAAUAGAUGCAAUUCUCUCCACAUUCGUUGCGGUGCAUCCUCACGAGACCUCAGCUUUGCUGCACUCGUCAUCUUGCUUCUUCUUUAUUUUGUGUGCCUACUUCGUGGUGCUUCCAUUGCGCGAUGAGGGUGCAAUCUCUUUAGGCCUAUCGAGCCUCCCGGGUCUGUUUGUGGGGUCUUUGGUCCUCACUUCGAUUGCUGCGCCGGUUGCAACUCUCAUUUUCUCUUUGCCUAAUGUUUCUAAAGGCAAGGCUUUGGUUUUAAUGCACAGGUUUUUUAGUGUAUCACUUGUUGUAUUCUUCUUUCUCUGGCAUUUCUCAUCGGCUGCAGCACAACAAGAGGUGAAGGGUUUGGUCACUAUGUCCUCUUCAGUAAAUGGCCAAAAUGUUGAUGUUGAUCAAGCCACUACUGCAUAUUCCAUAGGGUGGGAGAACCUUGGUUGGUUCUAUGUCUCUGUCAGAAUUGGAUUGUUCCUCUGGAUUGCCCUACUUAAUCUAAUAACAAUUUCUUCCACUUGGGCUCGAGUAAUCGAUGUUAUGGACAGUGAGUCAGGUUCAAGAUUAUUUGGUUUUAUUGGUGCUGGCGCCACACUUGGACAGCUUUUUGGGUCAUUGUUUGCCACGGGAAUGGCUAGGUUGGGGCCGUUUCUACUGCUAUUUUCUGCAUUGUUAAUGGAGUUUGCUGCACAGUCAUCAAAAGGGAUAACCCUGGAUGUAUCCCGUGUCCAUGUCCCUGAGGAAUUAUCACCCAUCAGAGAAGCUGACACUGAUCGGAAAAGUGAGCCUGAUGGGCAAACCAUUUGCAACAGAGGAAAUUCCCCUAAGUCACCUACUCUGGUGGUGAAACCUCAGAUUUGGGCCAUCUUAGAUGGAUUUUGGCUUAUAUUGGCAUCAUCUUACUUGUUGUAUGUAUCUUUGUUCCUGUGGCUGAGUGCAGUUAUCUCUUCAUUCUUUUAUUUUCAGAAAGUGAGUGUCAUUGCCAUGACUGUUACUAGCUCUAUUGGAAGAAGAAAAUUGUUGGCUCAGAUAAACAGCUUUAUUGCUGUAUUUAUCCUUGCUGGACAACUUACCAUAACGGGGCGUUUUCUAACUGUUGUGGGGGUCACUACAGCUAUUUGCGCUACUCCAUUUGUUGCGUUCUUAAAUUUGGUUGCUAUAGCUGUCUGGCCAACUUGGGUGGCCGUCGCAGUUUCUGAGACCCUCCGGAAGUUUGUCACUUAUGUUGUGACCAGGCCUGGCAGAGAACUUCUAUUUACUGUUGUCUCACAGGAUGAAAAAUACAAAGCCAAGCAUGAACUUUUCAGUACUGUUGAUGGGAGAGCAUCAACUGUGUCUCUUUACGGCCUGCCUGUCUGUUUGCUGUGGAUAGUGAUCGCGUUUCAUUUAGGCCGCCGUCAAGCAGAACUUGCAAAGCUCCGGACUCAUUCGACUUCCUAAUGUUUCCUCGUCACAUUUUUAGCUGUUUAUAUACAUAAAGAUGAAUCAUUUAUGAACUUUUAAAGUACUACAAUUAUAAGAAGUUUUGUUAGCUCUUUUGUUAUAGACAUUACACAAGGGCAGCUUGCCAGUCAGUUUUUUGGUAUAUGAUGUCAUACAUGAUGUAACGCGUGUGCCUUUUAGCAAACGCAUUAGUAAAUUAACAAGCCAAUAUUAACCUUUGUAUCUACUGUUUUUAUCCAUGUACGCAUUGAUGAUU